GUGUCUCAAAUCCCCUGGAACCAGAGUAAAGGUCAUUUGCCCACAGUUUACACUUCAUUGAUUGCUUACUUGAUUUGCUUUGAUGAUGAUUUCUCAAGAAGAAAAGUAUUUCAGAAGCAUGUUUGUAGGCAAAAUAUUAUUAUUAACACCCUUUUACACCGCUCACCUGUGGACCAGAUACUUAGCUAAGUCCAUGCAUUGAGGCUAAAUGUUGCCUAUAAUGAUGCCUUGAGGCUGUUAUUUCGUGUGCCUAGAUGGUACAGCGCCAGCCAAUUAUUUGUCAGUUCUGGGUUACCCACCUUUAAAGUGCUAUUAAGAAAUCUGAUGUAUAAGUUCGUGUGUUGAUUAAAUGACUCUGAAAAUAGUAUUUUAAUGAAAAUAACGGGCCCUAAAAAUAGUUAUAGAUGUACGUAAAGCAUGUGGCGCCAUUGAUGUAAAAGCCUGUUUGUUGUGCACAGAGAGUUUGUGCCUUUUUAAUGUUCUUUCUUUUGUAGUUUCUGUUCCUGUGUUCCUGGUUUGUGUGCUAUGGACAGCCUGUGUGACUCCUGAAUAAAGAUCAUGUACUGUAUAUUUUAAGCGGUGGUGUGUCCCCCACUGAGCGUGGCCUGGCAUGGCGCUUCCUGUUCGGGAUGUACCCAUGCAGCUCAACUACUUUAGAACGACCUCUGCUGCAGGAGCAGCUGGCAGUGCGUUACCAGGUCAUGAAGGCAAAGUGGCAGAACUUCCUCCCCUCGGCUGUUCGGAUGCAGCUAAAUGGCACUGAUUCUGAGCUGGUGGCUGCAGUUGGCUAUUUUAACCAGAGGCAAGCAUUAGUACAGCAACAGGCUCACAACUUGAGAGACGAAAUCAGAGACAGGGUGACGUUUUUGGAGCUCCAAGCACAGAUAUUGUUCGAGCGUGUUACAUUUGACGAGAAAGAGCUGCAGGAAGCCAUCCGAAUUAUUAACAAAGAUGUCCCAAGAACCAACAGGGACCUGAGCUACUACCAAGGUGAAGGGUCAGGUAAUUUGUUGAUAUUACGAGACAUCCUCAUCACCUACGCCGCUUUCCAUCCAGAGGUGAGUUAUGCCCAAGGAAUGAAUGACCUAUGUAGUCGAUUCCUCGAGGUCAUGGAUUGUGAGGUUGACAGUUUCUGGAGUUUUUCAUGCUACAUGGAAAAAUUCGCCAAAGAUUUUCGAGAAGACGGUCUGCACAGAAAAAUAGAGUUGGAAGCAGCUCUGUUAAAAGAACUGGACCCUCAGCUUCAUCUCCACUUGGUCACGGACAAUUUGGAGUGCUUCACCUUCUGUCACAGGUGGCUCCUGCUAGGCUUCCAGCGAGAGUUUGAACACAGCGAUGCACUUCGUUUGUUCGAGAUACUGAGCUGUGACCACCUGGAGCUUAUUUCCCAACAAGUGGACAGGGCGCGUUAUCAGGAAAGGCUAGCCCAAAAAUUUUGCACAGACACCGAGUGUGAGUCAGAGAUGCAGGCCGUCAACACAGACUUUACGUUCGAGUUGUUCAUCUGUGCAGCCAUCCUGUUGGACAACCGAGACACUCUACUGCAAUGCCAAGAUGAUGUCCAGCUGAUCCAGUUUACCAGCAGCCUGCAGGGAACACUUGACUUGAACAGCACACUGAAGAAAGCAGAGUGUCAUUUCUUCAACUACUGCAAACGCUGUGCUUGGGACUCAAUGAACUGCCGUUGUAGAGCACACAACAGCAAAGGAGAAGACUUUCUAUAUCAGCUUCGUAGUUUAUUUGUUUUAAGAUAA